CGGCGCACGGCGGCCGGCGGCGGCCAUGGCGGCGGCGCUGGAGCGGUGGGUGUCCGAGGAGCUGCAGGCGCUGCUGGGCCUCAGCGGCCGCCACGUUCCCGCGUUCCUGGUGGCGCUGGCGCGGCGCAGCCGCAGCGCGGACGAGCUGCUCGAGCGCCUGCGCGAGACCGAGGCGCUGCGCGUGGAGGAGCCGCGCGUGCGCGAGUUCGCGCGGGAGCUCUGGGAGAAGGUGCCGCGGGAGCCGCGGGCGGAGCCGCCGGGGCGGGCGGCCGAGCGGGCGGCCCGGGAGCUGCAGCGCCGCAACCAGGGCUACCGGCUCCUCGACAGCGACGACGACGACGGCGGCCGUGGCCCCGCCCCCGGCCAUGGCCCCGCCCCCGGCCCCGCCUCCUCGCCCCCCGCCAGCGCCCGCCGCCGCCGCCACCUCCGCCGCCGCCGCCCCGACUCCCCGGAGCCGCCCAGCCCCGAGCCGCCGCCGGCGCCGGAGCCCCCCGAGGAGCCGGAGGCCGAGUGGGAGGCGUCGGAGCGGGAGCGCCUGCGGGACCUGGAGGAGCGCGACGCCUUCGCCGAGCGCCUGCGCCGCCGCGACCGCGACCGCACGCGCUCCGUCCUCGCCCGCCCCGACGCCAAGGCCUACGAGGAGGCGCAGAAACGCCUCAAGGUGGCCGAGGAGGACCAGAAAGCCAUGGUGCCUGAGCUACGCAAGAAGUCGCGGCGGGAAUAUUUGGCCAAGCGGGAGCGGGACAAGCUGGAGGAGCUGGAGGCGGACAGCGACGAGGAGUACCUCUUCGGCGACGUGGCGCUGACGGGCGCCGAGCGCCGCGAGCUCGACUACAAGCGCCGCGUGCGGGACCUGGCGCGCGAGUACAAGCGGGCGGGCGAGAAGGAGAAGCUGGAGAAGAGCAACCGCUACUACAUGCCCGAGGAGACCCGCACCAAGAGGAUCCCCGAGCGCGAGGAGGCGGCGGCGGCGGCGGCGGAGGAGGAGCGCACGGCCCCCCGGGACGAGCAGCGGCGCUGGGAGGAGGAGCGCAUCGGGGCGGCCGCCCUGCGCUUCGGGGCCCGCGACGCCGCCCGCCGCCGGCCCUCCAAGGACUACGACUUCGUGCUCGAGGAGGACGAGAUGAUCCAGUUCGUCAGCGCCGUGCAGAUGCAGGGCACCGAGCCCGACAAGGAGGCGCCGGCGGUGGCCGAGGCGGAGCGGCGGCGGCAGUCGGCGCAGGAGGUGCGCCGCAGCCUCCCCAUCUUCCCGUACCGCGCCGAGCUGCUGGCCGCCAUCGCCCGCCACCAAGUGCUCGUCAUCGAGGGCGAGACCGGCUCCGGCAAGACCACGCAGAUCCCCCAGUACCUGCACGAGGAGGGCUACACCCGGCAGGGGCUGAAGAUCGGCAUCACGCAGCCGCGGCGCGUGGCCGCCAUGAGCGUGGCCGCCCGCGUGGCCGUGGAGAUGGGCACCAAGCUGGGCAACGAGGUGGGCUACAGCAUCCGCUUCGAGGACUGCACGUCGGAGCGGACGGUGCUCAAGUACAUGACGGACGGGAUGCUGCUGCGCGAGUUCCUCACCGAGCCCGACCUGGCCUCCUACAGUGUGAUCAUGGUGGACGAGGCCCACGAGCGGACGCUGCACACGGACGUGCUCUUCGGCCUCGUCAAGGACAUCGCCCGCUUCCGGCCCCAGCUCAAGGUGCUGGUGGCCUCGGCCACCCUCGACACCCAGCGCUUCUCCGCCUUCUUCGACGACGCGCCCGUCUUCCGCAUCCCCGGCCGCCGCUUCCCCGUCGACAUCUACUACACCAAGGCGCCCGAGGCCGACUACCUGGAGGCGUGCGUGGUGUCGGUGCUGCAGAUCCACGUCACCCAGCCGCCCGGGGACAUCCUCGUCUUCCUCACCGGCCAGGAGGAGAUCGAGGCGUGCGUGGAGCUGCUGCAGGAGCGCUGCCGCCGCCUCGGCUCCAAGGUGCCCGAGCUGCUCGUGCUGCCCGUCUACGCCAGCCUCCCCUCCGACAUGCAGGCCCGCAUCUUCGAGCCCACCCCCCCCGGCGCCCGCAAGGUGGUGGUGGCCACCAACAUCGCGGAGACGUCGGUGACCAUCGACGGGAUCGUCUACGUCCUCGACCCCGGCUUCUGCAAGCAGAAGAGCUACAACGCGCGCACCGGCAUGGAGUCGCUCGUGGUGACACCCUGCUCCCGGGCCUCGGCGAACCAGCGCGCGGGACGCGCGGGGCGUGCGCCGGGCAAGUGCUUCCGCCUCUACACGGCCUGGGCCUUCCAGCACGAGCUGGAGGAGACGCCGGUGCCCGAGAUCCAGCGCGCCGACCUGGGCUCCCUCGUCCUGCUGCUCAAGAGCCUCGGCAUCAACGACCUUAUCCACUUCGACUUCCUGGACCCGCCGCCCCACGAGACGUUGGUGCUGGCGCUGGAGCAGCUCUACGCCCUGGGCGCCCUCAACCACCUGGGCGAGCUCACCACGCUGGGCCGGCGCAUGGCGGAGCUGCCCGUGGAGCCCAUGUUGGCCAAGAUGAUCCUGGCGUCGGAGCAGUACGGCUGCACGGAGGAGGUGCUCUCGGUGGCGGCCAUGCUGUCGGUGAACAACGCCGUCUUCUACCGGCCCAAGGACAAGGUUGUCCACGCCGACAACGCGCGCAUGAACUUCCACGUGCCGGGCGGCGACCACCUGGUGCUGCUCAACGUCUACAACCAGUGGGUGGAGAGCGGCCACGCGGCGCAGUGGUGCUACGAGAACUUCGUGCAGCUCCGGUCGCUGCGCCGGGCCCGGGCCGUGCGCGAGCAGCUCCAGGGGCUGCUGGAGCGCGUGGAGCUGGCGGCCGCCUCCUGCCAGGGCGACCUGCGCCUCGUCCGCAAGGCCAUCACCGCCGGCUUCUUCUACCACACGGCGCGGCUGACGCGGGGCGGCUACCGCACGGUGAAGCACCAGCAGACGGUGUUCCUACACCCCAACAGCUGCCUGUUCGAGGAGCAGCCGCGCUGGGUGCUCUACCACGAGCUCGUCUUCACCACCAAGGAGUUCAUGCGCCAGGUCAUCGAGAUCGACAGCUCCUGGCUGCUCGAGGUGGCUCCGCACUACUACCAGGCCAAGGAGCUCGAGGACGCGGCGAGCCGCAAGAUGCCCAAGAAAGGGGGCAAGAGCCGCGAGGAGCUGGGCUGAGGGGGCGCCGGGGGGCGGGGGGGGGGGACAACGGGGCGCCGUGGGGACAACGGGGCGCUAUGGGGACAACGGGGCGCCGUGGGGACGCCGUGGGGACGUCCCCGGCCACCGGCGCGGCCCCGUAUUACAGCUGCUUCGGCGAAAACA